AUUUUUUUUCAUUCCGUGUGUGUGUUAUACGAAAGUGACGAAUUAGUUUUUAAUUGACAAAAUUUUUCAAUCUAUGAAAAUUCUUGCAGCAUUUUUGCUAAAUAAAAAACUCGAAAUUUGUUAAAACUAAUAUCGAAGUAAAUUGAGAAAAAAAAUUUUUACAAAACCCUUCAAAAACUAAACAAAAAUGGCAGAAGGAGGCAAUAGCAAGCGUAUCGUUGUCAACGUUAAAACACCGAAGGAGAAGAAAACAAUCGAGGUGGAUGAAGAUUCUGGAAUUAAGGACUUCAAACAACUUGUGGCGCAGAAAUUCGACUCUGAACCCGAACAGCUGGUACUAAUUUUCGCUGGCAAAAUUAUGAAAGACACCGAUACAUUAAAGACUCACAACAUUAAAGACGGUCUAACAGUUCAUCUGGUCAUCAAAGCACCUACAAGGGCAGCAGAACCUGCCGCUCGUCCAGCCGCUGAUGUACGUCAAACACCGUUUGGUCUUAACCAAUUAGGUGGAUUGGCUGGUAUGGAAGCAUUGGGCGCAGGCACUGGGUCUUUUAUGGAUUUGCAGGCUCGCAUGCAAAGUGAAUUGUUAAACAACGGUGACAUGUUACGCUCAGUACUUGAUAACCCACUCGUACAACAAAUGAUGAAUAAUCCAGAGAUAAUGCGCACCCUUUUCACCUCGAAUCCGCAAAUGCAGGACUUAAUGCAGCGCAAUCCUGAAAUAUCGCAUAUGCUAAAUAAUCCUGAAUUGCUACGUCAAACUAUGGAGUUAGCACGCAAUCCAUCUAUGUUGCAAGAGUUGAUGCGUUCGCAUGACCGUGCAAUGUCGAAUUUGGAAUCGGUGCCUGGCGGUUACAAUGCGCUUCAACGUAUUUACCGCGACAUACAAGAGCCAAUGUUGAAUGCAGCAAGCGAUUCUUUUACACGUAAUCCAUUUUCCGGUCUAAUGGACAGUUCUGGCGGCGGCAUAAAUCCGCAGCAAGGCACUGAGAAUCGUCAACCACUACCAAAUCCAUGGGGCGGUAGCGGCAAUACUAGUGGUACGGCUGGUAGUGGUGGUGGUGCGGCUGGUGCCAAUCCAGAUCUGCCGCCACGCGGUGUGCUCAACACGCCCGCCAUGCAGAGUCUUAUGCAACAAAUGUCUGAAAAUCCAUCGUUAAUGCAAAAUCUCUUAAAUGCACCUUAUACGCGCUCCAUGAUGGACGCAAUGGCACAGGAUCCCGAUAUGGCUUCACGUCUGCUCAGCACCAGCCCUCUAAUGGCUAAUAAUCCACAACUGCAAGAUCAGGUGCGUCAAAUGAUGCCGCAGUUCCUUAAUCAAAUGCAAAAUCCCGAAGUACAGAAUAUGUUGACCAAUCCCGAGGCACUAAAUGCAAUUAUGCAAAUACAGCAAGGCAUGGAGCAAUUACGUUCGGCAGCGCCCGGUCUGGUCGGUUCUUUGGGUAUACCACCACCAGCACCUGGCAAUACAGAAAGUUCCACCGGUACAACAACCUCAACUACAAACACCACGAGCGGCGGUGGCGAUACCAAUCGUCCCGCUACGGCACCCGGCGGCGGACCGAAUGCUCAACUCUUCAACGACUUUGUCUCACGCAUGUUGAACGGCGUGGGCAUGCAGGCUGACAACACGCAGCCGCCUGAGGUGCGCUAUCAGUCACAACUGGAGCAACUGGCGGCUAUGGGCUUCGCCAAUCGGGAGGCCAACUUGCAAGCGCUAAUUGCUACUUUUGGCGACAUAAAUGCUGCUGUUGAGCGGUUAUUGUCACUAAAUCAAUUAUCUUUAAGUUAACAUCCUUAAAUUGAAAUUGUUAUUUAAUAAAAACACGAAAUGAACAACAAAAACAAAAUACAACUGCUGUUGCUGCUGCUAACUAGAUGGCCUAGAUACAAACCCUUCGCUUUACCCUAAACAAAAAUUACUAAGUGAAUUACUAUUGUCCCAGCAAAUAACCUAUAUGAAACAUGAGAAAUUACAAAAAAAAAAUAUUUUGUUUGGGACUGCGGCAAUAUUUCGUGAAAUUACAAAAAAAUGUAUACCAAAAGUAAAAGCGACACUAAAGUAAACAUGGAAGGUAUGAAAUAAGAGGGUAUAAAAUAAAUAUUAAAAUAGAAACAAGUAAACAAAGGAUAUAUAAAGUAAUUUACAUAUAAUUUUUACUAAACUUUGGUAAAUUGCGAUUUCAAAGCGUUUAAUAGUCAAAUUCAUAGCAAUUGUAUGAAAUUCUAAAAGGAUUGUUUAAAUGUUGGUAAAAAUACGUUAUGAAAUUUGUAUAAGUAUUUCUCUUAAAAUAAAUUUUGAACCCACUAACUGUCGGUGAGAAACAAAUAAAUGCAAAAUAAAAGAAUAUUUUUUUUUUUUGAAAUUAAUUCGGUAAUUUUAAAUAAAAGACAAAAAAAAAAUUAAGCUGAAAAACAGUAAAUAAAUAAAAAAAAAGAUAUAAUAAAUAAAUAAAAAAUAAUAAUAAAAUAAAAAAAUGUAUGCAUAACAAACUUCAAAUGUUUUCCUUUCAAGAAUAAGCUUAAAAGAAGAAAUAAAAAAUGUUAAAAAAACAAUAUUAAAUUAAAUAAAAAAUUCAAAUUAUUAUCUAAAAAACUUUUGAAUUGCAAAUAAAAAUCUUACAAUAUACAGUUAUUUAUCAUGAAUUUGACUGUUGAACGCAUAUAGUGUAAAAAGGCAUUAAAUAAUAUAUUGCAUUAAUAUUCCAGUUGCUUUAAUUAUUCCAAUACUUAACAUCUUUUCCCCCCAACAUUUUAUUAUUAUUAAGGUGCGCUGUGAAAAUAGGUGCCCUUCGACAAAAGUAUGAAUGUUUAUUUUAGCAAUUCCGGGUUCCAAAUUACCCAAAUAAUGUUUAUGAAAAUAAGUAGUUGAACAAAUUUAUUUCGGCAUAAGAAUCUAACCAAAAAAUUAUUUAAUUCAGGCUUAAAAGGGAAAAUGUGGUCAGCAUUACAUACAUAAACAUAACUAUGUACAACUACUACGAUUAUAUGAAAGAAAUUUUAUGAUACAAAAAGUACACUUUGAUUGAUUAAUUCUGAUUAUUUAAGAAUGUUAUUGUGUAUCUUAUGUUCUUUUAUAAUUAUCAACUAACUAUGUAUAUCAAUAUCUACUAUUAUUAGCUAACAAAAAUACUUAGCUACAUAUACAUAUGUAUUACAGGUAAAUAGUACGUGCAUACAUGUGUAUAUACAGCAAACAUAUACAUAUACAUACAUGCAAAUUUAUAAUGAAAAUACAAUAAACAAGCGGAAUAUGAAUGAA